AUGGGCAACUCCGAGAGUGUCCACAGCAUCGUGAGUGCAUUCAAAGAAAAGGAGAACAAUAAACACGAAUCUCGUAAGAGGAAUGCUGAUAUCCGUAAAGAUGAGGUGAAGACAAGAUAUGCAUUUGAAGAGAAAAGGAUGGAUUUGGAGCACCAACACAAGAUCGCCGAAUUGAUAACGCAGAUGAAACUGACAAAAUCUCAAGCCGGAAAAGAGCUUGUGCUCGCCUAUAUGGCAAUGUUAACCUCAAUUAUCCAACAGAAUAAUACUGUCUUUGAGAAAGCUGUUCCCUUGAUUCAGCAAAUCAGCGAUGGCAAGACACCAGACUCAAUCAAGAAAGCUGCUGAAAAAGCCAUCGCAAGAGCUUUUGAUGGUUAUAGAAGUACCCAAGAGCUUCUGGAAUUCUCGAAAUUGGAGGUCGAAAGACUUAAUCUUAAGCAAAACGCUGAAUUCUUGCAAUUAAUAGACGUCGCAAUUGAACAGAAAGUCAUCACAGACGAAAACAAAAUUUAUAUUCUCGAGGAAGGCAUUUAG